UCUCUGCCUCCGACAGCGACAGGGCGGCCCCACCAAACACCAUCCAACCCCCAGAAUUGAAUCGUCCUUUUCCCCCUCCUCCACUCUCCGUCUUGCUUUUUCUCCUCUCUCCAUGCGCACAUAGAAAUUAUAUUUAUAUAUUCUAUUAUAAUAAUAACACAAUUUAAUUGUAAUAAAUAUAUAAAUACCAAAAUGACAUUCAUCAACAGCCCCAUUUUUUCCAGAGGCGAAAAAUCUCCGCCGGGAUAUAAUUCUCCGCCGGAGAACAAAUCGCCAUCGGAACGGUUUUCGUUCUACAAUUGGCCUUCUCCGCCUCUGACGCCAUCUAGUUCGUGGAUGGAUUCGCCGGCGUCGACCGGCGGCGACUCGACCAGGAUCGCCGCGAGGUCCUCCGUGAUCGACUCCAUACGCGGCUGUGGCCUCGCCGGGAUACGCAUCGAUAAGGAGGAGCUCCGGCGCAAGAUCAUCAUGCCUCAGUACCUUCGCAACGCCAUCCGCCACUCCAUUCAGUUCAAGGACGUCUCGGCCGACCGUCACGAGCCUGACGGCUAUGGCGCCGCCGCCGCUGUUCCUGAGUCCCCCAUGGUGGUCUUCAUAAAUCCUCGUAGUGGCGGCCGCCACGGGCCCGUUCUCAUGGAGAGGCUCCAGGAAUUGAUCAGCCAAGAACAGGUUUUUGACCUACAAACUGUAAAGCCUCAUGAAUUUGUACAGUAUGGAUUAGGGUGCCUUGAGAGUUUGGCUAGUCUUGGUGACUCUUGUGCCAAAGAGACCCGGGAAAAACUGAGGAUUAUGGUUGCUGGGGGUGAUGGUACAGUCGGUUGGGUACUUGGAAGUCUUGCAGAACUUUACAGACAGGGUCGGGAGCCCAUUCCUCCAACAGCAAUUAUUCCACUUGGUACGGGCAAUGACCUGUCUAGGAGUUUUGGUUGGGGUGGUUCUUUUCCUUUUGCUUGGAAGUCGGCUAUUAAAAGAUCUCUUCACAGGGCUAUCACUGGUCCAAUUUGCCGUCUAGAUAGUUGGCAAGUGCAGAUAUCAAUGCCAGCUGGGGAUUUUGUGGAUCCACCCCAUUCUCUUAAGCAAACAGAAGAGUGUACCCUUGAUCAGGGUUUGGACAUUGAGGGGGUGUUGCCAGAAAAAGUGUCUUCCUAUGAAGGAAUUUUUUAUAAUUAUUUCAGCAUAGGAAUGGAUGCUCAAGUUGCUUAUGGAUUCCAUCAUUUACGUAAUGAAAAACCCUAUCUUGCACAAGGUCCAAUCACAAACAAGUUGAUCUACUCUGGAUACACUUGCACCCAAGGGUGGUUCUUAACACCUUGCAUGAGUGACCCAAGUUUGAGAGGGCUAAAGAACAUCCUAAGGAUGCAUGUUAAAAAGGUUGAUAGCUCAGAAUGGGAGCAGAUCCGUGUUCCUUCAAGUGUAAGGGCAAUAGUUGCUUUGAAUCUUCAUAAUUAUGGAAGUGGAAGAAAUCCAUGGGGUAAUUUGAAGCCAGAAUACUUGGAAAAGAGAGGUUUCGUUGAGGCUCAUGUUGACGAUGGUCUUCUAGAAAUUUUUGGUUUAAAGCAAGGUUGGCAUGCUUCAUUUGUCAUGGUUGAGCUCAUCUCUGCUAAACAUAUUGCCCAGGCUGCAGCAAUUCGAUUUGAAAUUAGAGGUGGGGAGUGGAAAGAAGCGUUUAUGCAGAUGGAUGGAGAGCCAUGGAAGCAGCAAAUGAGCAAGGAUUACUCCACAUUUGUGGAGAUUAAGAGGGUGCCUAAUCAAUCCCUUAUGAUCAGCGGAGAGUAAUCUUGCAGUCGCCACUCUGAUUUGCUUUGAAUUUGGUUCGGACCUUCAUGUAAAAAGCAUUUUCAUGGCGCGGGGCUUUGUGUUGUAUAUUUUUCCUUGUCCAAUUUAUUAGACGUUUGCCCAUUGUUUAUUAGAUUUACUAGUAGUGACCCAGGCAUACUAUUCUAAUGUGCACAUUUUAUGUUACUUUUUCGGUGUAAUGAAUUUUAAAUAAUUAAAAUCAAUUACAAACAGAAUUGUUUUA